CGAGCCGCCCGCCCGCCCCCUUCCCGCGUCUCCGCUCCCUCCCUGCGCAGCGGAAACAUGGCGGCGGGAAGGGAGUGAGCCGCCCCGCGCCCCCGCCGCGCCCUCAGGCUGGAAUGCAAUGGCACAGUCUCAGCUCACUGCAACCUCUGCCUCCCAGGUUCAAGAGAUUCUCCUGCCUCAGUCUCCCGAGUAGCUGGGAUUACAGGCACCUGCCACCAUACCCAGAUGGAGAAAUUAGCAUACAAAGAAACUGACUUGUCAGAAGUCAGAGCAAGGUAUUGGUGGAUCCAGGGAUAAAUCCCAAACUUCUUAACCCCUAGACCGGUUUUUAGUCCAUUGACUAUGCAGCCUAAUGUGAUAGACUGGAGUGAUGUUAGAAAACACAAAUAUGGUCACCUAUCAGAGUCCGCAUCCCAAUAUCAAGAAGCUGCUGACAUCCUGGAGCUAGGUCAUUUUACCUGGGACAAAUACCUAAAAGAAACAUGUUCAGUCCCAGCGCCUGUCCAUUGCUUCAAGCAGUCCUACACACCUCCAAGCAACGAGUUCAAGAUCAGUAUGAAAUUGGAAGCACAGGACCCCAGGAACACCACAUCCACCUGUAUUGCCACAGUAGUUGGACUGACAGGUGCCCGCCUUCGCCUGCGCCUUGAUGGGAGCGACAACAAAAAUGACUUCUGGCGGCUGGUUGACUCAGCUGAAAUCCAGCCUAUUGGGAACUGUGAAAAGAAUGGGGGUAUGCUACAGCCACCUCUUGGAUUUCGGCUGAAUGCGUCUUCUUGGCCCAUGUUCCUUUUGAAGACGCUAAAUGGAGCAGAGAUGGCUCCCAUCAGGAUUUUCCACAAGGAGCCACCAUCGCCUUCCCACAACUUCUUCAAAAUGGGAAUGAAGCUAGAAGCUGUGGACAGGAAGAACCCUCAUUUCAUUUGCCCAGCCACUAUUGGGGAGGUUCGGGGCUCAGAGGUGCUUGUCACUUUUGAUGGGUGGCGAGGGGCCUUUGACUACUGGUGCCGCUUUGACUCCCGAGACAUCUUCCCUGUGGGCUGGUGUUCCUUGACUGGAGACAACCUGCAGCCUCCUGGCACCAAAGUUGUGAUUCCAAAGAAUCCCUAUCCUGCCUCCGAUGUGAAUACUGAGAAGCCCAGCAUCCACAGCAGCACCAAAACUGUCUUGGAACAUCAACCAGGGCAGAGGGGGCGUAAACCAGGAAAGAAGCGGGGCCGGACACCCAAGACCCUAAUUUCCCAUCCCAUCUCUGCCCCAUCCAAGACAGCUGAACCUUUGAAAUUCCCAAAGAAGAGAGGUCCCAAACCUGGCAGCAAGAGGAAACCUCGGACUUUGCUGAACCCACCACCUGCCUCACCAACAACCAGCACUCCUGAACCGGAUACCAGCACUGUACCCCAAGAUGCUGCCACCAUCCCCAGCUCAGCCAUGCAGGCCCCAACAGUUUGUAUCUACUUGAACAAGAAUGGCAGCACAGGCCCCCACUUAGAUAAGAAGAAGGUCCAGCAACUCCCUGACCAUUUUGGACCAGCCCGUGCCUCUGUGGUGUUGCAGCAGGCUGUCCAGGCCUGUAUCGACUGUGCUUAUCACCAGAAAACCGUCUUCAGCUUCCUCAAGCAAGGCCAUGGUGGUGAGGUUAUCUCAGCCGUGUUUGACCGGGAACAGCAUACCCUCAACCUCCCAGCAGUCAACAGCAUCACCUACGUCCUCCGCUUCCUGGAGAAACUCUGCCACAACCUUCGUAGUGACAAUCUGUUUGGCAACCAGCCCUUUACACAGACUCACUUGUCACUCACUGCCAUAGAGUACAGCCACAGCCACGACAGGUACCUACCAGGUGAAACCUUUGUCCUGGGGAAUAGUCUGGCCCGCUCCUUGGAACCACACUCAGACUCAAUGGACUCUGCCUCGAAUCCCACCAACCUUGUCAGCACCUCCCAAAGGCACCGGCCCUUGCUUUCAUCCUGUGGCCUCCCACCAAGCACUGCCUCAGCUGUGCGCAGGCUAUGCUCCAGGGGAGUGUUAAAAGGAUCAAAUGAAAGAAGGGAUAUGGAAUCAUUUUGGAAACUAAAUCGUUCCCCAGGGUCGGACCGAUACCUGGAGAGCCGGGAUGCCUCUCGACUGAGUGGCCGGGACCCCUCCUCAUGGACAGUCGAGGAUGUGAUGCAGUUUGUCCGGGAAGCUGAUCCUCAGCUUGGACCCCAUGCUGACCUGUUUCGCAAACACGAGAUCGAUGGCAAGGCCCUGCUGCUGCUGCGCAGUGACAUGAUGAUGAAGUACAUGGGCCUGAAGCUGGGGCCUGCACUCAAGCUCUCCUACCACAUUGACCGGCUGAAGCAGGGCAAGUUCUGAACCAGGAGAGGCAGCCUAGACAACCAAGUGGCAGCAGGUGGGGGCAUUCUUCUAGGAAUGAGGGGCAUCAGCCCACCCCAGGCACCUCAGUGGGGUUCCGGGCCACCUCAGGACUCCAAGAGGCUGUGUGGAGUCACCACUCCUAGCCACAGCUGCCAUGAUAAGUCCUUCCAUGAAGGACUGAGGAGGGAGAGUGGGGGUCCAGGGCUGGUGCUGCUCUUCCCUCAGCUCUGCCGGGGCUCUAAGGUCCCUCUAUUUAUUUCUCAAGCCUGGCUGGCCUCUCACCAGGAGUUUAGGCUGAAUGCCUUCCACGUGAUGGAGGAAAAGGUCAACUCUGUCCUGGUCUUGCUGUGGCACCCCAUCGCCCCACAGCUCCUACCUUCUCACCAGAUUCCCCUGAAUCCAAACUCGUGGUGCAAACCUCUACCUUUUUUACAAAAAGAUCUUAUUGUUAAUUUAUUGUUUCUGGCACUUGGGCAAACCCUGUAGUUAAUACUCCUCCCACACUAGACACUGGGUUUCAGGAGAAGGGAGACUGCCCUGCCUUGGUCCCAGAGAGGCCCUCUGCAGAUAGGCGUGGCCCCUCUUCAGGGACACUACCCUAGGGCACUUUCUCUUUGAGGUGGAGAGACCCAUAAAGCCUUGACCACAUCACUCCAUAUGGGGAGGAGAAGGAUCCCGGUCACCUUCUCUUCACGGGGCCCUUUUGCAGCCCUAGGCCUCAUCUGUGGGAAGGGAGUCCCUGGCUCAUACUGCCCCCACCACAGCUCCUUGCCCUGGCCAGAACUGCUGUGGAAGAAAAUCAGGCCGGAAGGCCAAGAAGGCUAAGGGGGAUGGGAGGGCAGGUUUUCCAGGCUGGAGUCGGUUCCACCCACUCUCCUGUCCACAGGCUUCCUUGUAAGCAAGUCAGCAGCACAGCUACUCAUGCUGCCAUCUGGACUUAUUUUAUGUCAAUCUGUUUAUAAAUAAAAACCAAUAUAGAUA